AAUAACCGCUCUGCGCAGCCUCAGAGUAUCCCGGGCUGACGGCACCGUUUGGGGAUGGGCAUCUGAGAAUGGACGGGUAACGGCGGCGGAUGACCUCAGACAUAUUGUUUACCAAGCGGGAAUCCAGCGCUUUCUCUUCGGCUGUUUAAAAAACAGCACAAUAAGGAGCAAACAUGCCGAGCAACAAGCUUGAUAAGCCAGAAAAGGCUGAGGUCAGCGAUAAUGUGAAGGUGGUGGUGCGAUGUCGACCCCUCAACCAAAAAGAAAAAAUGAUGGGACACAAACAGUCGGUCACUGUGGACGAAAUGCGAGGGACCAUUACUGUGAACAAGACUGAGACGCCCCACGAGCCGCCAAAGACCUUCACAUUCGACACAGUAUUCAGUCCCGACAGCAAACAGCUGGAUGUCUACAAUUUAACAGCCCGACCCAUUGUUGAUUCAGUAUUGGAGGGGUAUAACGGAACAAUAUUCGCCUAUGGUCAAACAGGCACUGGAAAAACCUUCACCAUGGAGGGAGUGAGAGCCGUGCCUGAGCUCAGAGGGAUCAUACCAAAUUCAUUUGCUCACAUCUUUGGCCACAUCGCUAAAGCAGAGGGAGACACAAGGUUUUUAGUUAGAGUUUCAUACUUGGAAAUCUACAAUGAGGAAGUGAGGGACCUGCUGGGGAAGGACCAGAUGCAGAGAUUGGAGGUAAAAGAGAGGCCAGAUGUGGGAGUCUACAUUAAAGACCUUUCUGGAUAUGUUGUGAACAAUGCAGAUGACAUGGAUAGAAUUAUGACUCUCGGCCAUAAGAACCGUUCUGUGGGUGCUACCAAUAUGAACGAGCACAGCUCCCGCUCUCACGCCAUCUUCACCAUCACCAUUGAGUGCAGUGAGAAGGGCAUUGAUGGAAACCAGCAUGUGCGAAUGGGUAAACUACACUUGGUGGACCUUGCGGGUUCAGAGAGGCAGGGGAAAACGGGUGCCACUGGACAACGUCUUAAAGAAGCAACUAAGAUCAACCUGUCCCUGUCCACCCUGGGCAAUGUCAUCUCUGCUCUAGUGGAUGGAAAGAGCACACACGUGCCCUACAGGAACUCCAAACUCACCCGCCUUCUGCAGGACUCUCUGGGAGGAAACUCUAAAACCAUGAUGUGUGCAAACAUUGGUCCAGCUGACUACAACUACGAUGAGACCAUCAGCACCUUGCGCUAUGCUAACCGAGCGAAGAACAUCAAGAAUAAGGCCAGAAUUAAUGAGGACCCCAAAGAUGCACUGUUGCGCCAGUUUCAGAAAGAAAUCGAAGAACUCAAAAGAAAACUGGAAGAAGGAGAAAUCUCCGGUUCAGAGGGCAGCGGCUCUGAAGAGAUGGAUGAAGGAGAGGACGAGGCCGGAAUCGGUGGAGAGAGACCCCGGAAACGACGAGACAGUGGCAGCAGCAGUAAUUCAGGUUCAGUCUGCUCUGUAGCACAGCGCUCUGAGGGGGAAACUCAGACUAGAAAGAAGAAGAUGUCUCCAGACAAGAUGGUGGAGAUGCAGGCAAAGAUCGAAGAAGAACGCAAGGCCCUGGAGGCCAAGCUGGACAUGGAGGAGGAGGAGAGGAACAAAGCACGAGCAGAGCUGGAGAAAAGAGAAAAAGACCUACUGAAAGCACAACAAGAACAUCACUUAUUGCUAGAGAAGCUCUCUGCUCUGGAGAAGAAGGUUAUUGUAGGAGGUGUUGACUUGCUGGCCAAGGCUGAAGAGCAGGAAAAGCUUUUGGAGGAGUCCAACAAUGAACUGGAGGAACGACGGAAAAGAGCUGAGCAGCUGCGCAAAGAACUGGAAGAGAAGGAGCAAGAGCGCUUGGACAUUGAGGAGAAAUACACCAGUUUGCAGGAGGAGGCCCAGGGCAAGACCAAGAAAUUAAAGAAAGUCUGGACCAUGCUGAUGGCUGCAAAGUCAGAGAUGGCAGACCUGCAGCAGGAGCAUCACAGGGAAAUUGAGGGGCUACUGGAGAACAUCCGCCAACUCAGCCGAGAACUCCGCCUGCAGAUGCUCAUCAUCGACAAUUUCAUCCCUCAGGAAUACCAGGAAAUGAUUGAAAAUUAUGUACACUGGAAUGAAGAUAUUGGUGAAUGGCAACUGAAAUGUGUGGCCUAUACUGGCAACAACAUGAGAAAACAAACCCCAGUGCCAGACAAGAAGGAAAAGGAUCCGUUUGAAGUGGACCUCUCUCACGUGUAUCUUGCGUAUACGGAGGAGAGCAUGCGGCAGUCUCUGAUGAAGCUGGAGAGGCCCAGGACUUCAAAAGGUGGCAAGUCAAGGCCCAAGACUAGCCGCAGGAAACGCUCAUCUAGGCCAGAUACAGUGAUCGACUCCCUCCUGCAGUGAGCUUCAUCUCCAUCUCUGACUGCAGUCCAGGCUGGUCCUUUCAUGAGGUUUAAGAAUUAUUUGACGUGAAUUGUGUAAAGAUGUAAGCAAACUGACUAAACACAUUUAAAUUGUUGUUGAAGAAAUGAGCAAAUCAAUCUAGUGUACAUAUAGAGGAGUAAUGAUGUUACCUGCUUCUUUACUGCUGAUCUAAAAGCCCUGACUCACUGAUUCAUUUCAGUAAAUGCAUUGAGCUAAAGACUCAUUUUAUUCCACAGAGCUGGAGCUGUUACUAGAGUGUUGGGUUUUGUGUCGCUGUCUGUUCAGUUCAGUUCAGUGCAGUGCAGGACACCUGAAAGCCUCAGGAGCAGGAUAUUAUGAUUCAGAUGCUCUAACUGAUUAGCCUGUCGUCUUGAGCAAGCUGCUUUAGAUAUGAAUCACAUGCUUGAUGCUUGUACUAUUUGGCAGUUUGCAGUUACACUGUAGUCUUUUACUUUGUGUAUUUAUCGUGUGCAGCUAACCUCAUUUUGUAGGAUUUGGAGGGGGGAGGGGUUGGAGAACCUGCAUGCUGUUUACCCCCCCCCCCCUACGCUUGUAUUGCCAUUUCACACUGACUAACUGUAUUUUGUUUUAGUUUUAUGAGCUAUCACAUGCACACUGCACUCGAACAAUGUGACCUUUAUUUUACAUUAUAAUGUUUACAUUUACUGUGCUGUACUCUGUAUACUUCUUAAUUUAUUAAAUUAUUUACACACUG